GGGGAGAUCCGGCUGGAGGGGAGGCUCCAACGUCUCCUUCCUUCCUGGUUCCUGCAGCAGCUGCUGCCACUGCUGAGCUCUGAAAGGAGGGAGCCGGCAAGUCGGAGACGGUGACUCAGAGGUGGAGCAGUGCACGGGCCAAGGAGCACUGGCGUCCAUGGACCCUGGGGGCCCCCUCCGGACAAGGUGACUUCCUUCCUCCCUCUUCUGCCCUGCUCUGAGUCUUCAGCAGGGAGCGGCCUCUCCCUUCUCCAUGGACUUCCAAGAGAGGGACCCUCCCUCCCUGGCCGAGAGCACUCAGUCCUCAAAACCCAGCAGCACUCAGCAGGCCCCUUCGGAGCUGUGGGAGGUGGUGGAAGAGCCUCGGGGCAGGCUGGAGGGUAUCAUGCCUGAGAGGCAGGAAGGCCACCUGCUCAAGAAGAGGAAGUGGCCCCUGAAGGGCUGGCACAAGAGGUACUUUGUGCUCGAGGACGGGAUUCUGCACUACGCAACUACUAGGCAAGAUAUCACUAAGGGGAAGCUCCACGGCUCCAUUGAUGUCCGACUGUCUGUCAUGUCGAUCAACAAAAAGGCUCAACGCAUUGAUCUUGACACCGAAGAUAACAUCUACCACCUCAAGAUCAAAUCCCAAGAUAUGUUCCAGAGCUGGGUGGCCCAGCUUCGUGCCCAUCGCCUGGCCCAGUGCCUGGACAUGCCCCACGGCCCACUGCCUGGCAACACUCACCGGAAGGCUACUGGUGGUCAGCUUCCCACAGUGGGGAGCACUUCGGCCCUACCUGGAGUUGGACCUCGGGAGAAGGUGUCUUCCUGGCUGAGAGACAGUGAUGGGCUAGACCGCUGCUCUUAUGAACUCUCCAAAUGUCAAGGGAAGCUUCAGGAACUACACCGACUGCUUCAGAGCCUGGAGUCCCUACACCGGAUCCCAUCGGCCCCUGUGAUCCCCACACACCAGGCCUCUGUGACGACCGAGAGACCCAAGAAAGGAAAACGGACCAGCCGCAUGUGGUGCACACAGAGCUUCGCCAAAGACGACACCAUUGGGCGGGUUGGUCGUCUCCAUGGCUCUGUUCCCAACCUAUGUCGCUACCUGGAGUCCCGGGACCCCUCAGGCCCUCGAGGACUGCCACCCCAAGACUAUGGCCAUCUGCAGCGCAGUUUCUGGGCCUUGGCCCAGAAGGUGCACAGCUCCCUCAGCAGCGUGCUGGCCGCACUCACCGCGGAAUGGGACCGACUCAGGGACCUGCCCCCGGGCUCAGAGCUCUCAAGGAUGGGGGUCUCUGAGGCUCCAGCUGGCCAGAGGCGCAUGCAUUCACUAUCCAUCUCCUCAGACACCACUGCGGACUCCUUCAGUUCCCUCAACCCUGAAGAGCAAGAAGCUCUGUACAUGAAGGGGCGGGAGCUGACCCCCCAGCUGUCCCAGAGCAGCGUCCUGUCCCUCGCCGAUUCUCACACGGAGUUUUUCGAUGCCUGUGAGGUGUUGCUCUCCGCCAGCUCUUCUGAGAAUGAGGGCUCAGAGGAGGAAUCGUGUACCAGUGAAAUCACCACCAGCUUGUCCGAGGAGGUGCUGGAUUUCAGGGGAACCGAGCGCUGUCAGAAAGGGGGGUGUGUUCCAGGGAGAGUUGCUGGGCCGCCCCGCCGCCGCUGUCUACCAGCAGCCAGUGGGCCUGGAGCUGACGUGAGCUUGUGGAACAUCCUGCGUAACAACAUUGGCAAAGACCUGUCGAAGGUCUCGAUGCCCGUGCAGCUCAACGAGCCACUGAACACUCUGCAGCGGCUCUGUGAGGAGCUUGAAUACAGCAGCCUCCUGGACCAAGCCAGCCGCACGGCGGACCCCUGCGAGCGCAUGGUGUUUGUUGCGGCCUUUGCUGUCUCUGCCUAUUCCUCCACGUACCACCGAGCGGGUUGUAAGCCCUUCAACCCUGUUCUGGGGGAGACCUAUGAGUGUGAACGGCCUGAUCGAGGCUUCCGCUUCAUCAGUGAGCAGGUAUCCCACCACCCCCCUGUCUCAGCGUGCCACGCAGAGUCUGAGAACUUCAUCUUCUGGCAAGACAUGAAGUGGAAGAACAAGUUCUGGGGCAAAUCCCUGGAGAUCGUGCCAGUGGGGACAGUCCACGUCAGCCUGCCCAGGUUUGGGGACCACUUUGAGUGGAACAAGGUGACAUCCUGCAUCCACAAUAUCCUGAGUGGCCAGCGCUGGAUUGAGCACUACGGGGAGGUACUGAUCCGGAACACCCAGGAUAGCUCCUGUCACUGCAAGAUCACCUUCUGCAAGGCCAAAUACUGGAGCUCCAAUAUCCAUGAGGUGCAGGGAGCUGUGUUCAGCCGGAGUGGCCGUGUCCUCCAUCGGCUCUUUGGAAAGUGGCAUGAAGGACUGUUCCGGGGACCCCCACCAGGCGGUCAGUGCAUCUGGAAACCCAACUCUAUGCCCCCAGACCAUGAGCGCAACUUCGGCUUCACUCAGUUUGCCUUGGAGCUGAAUGAGCUGACAACAGAACUGAAGCGGUCGUUGCCCUCCACCGACACACGGCUCCGGCCAGACCAGAGGUACCUGGAGGAGGGGAACAUACAGGCAGCAGAGGCACAGAAGAGAAGGAUCGAGCAGCUACAGCGGGACAGACGCAAAGUGAUGGAGGAGAAUAACAUCAUCCACCAGGCUCGCUUCUUCAGGCGGCAGAUGGACAGCAGCGGGAAGGAAUGGUGGGUCACCAACAACUCAUACUGGAGACUUCGGGCUGAGCCAGGCUACGGGAACCUGGAUGGGGCUGUGCUCUGGUAGCCCUGGCCAUGGGGGCAGGGGGCUCAGCUCCACACUCCUCCUGCCUCCAACUCCCAUGUUGGACACUUGGGUGAGAUCAGGCUCCCCUGCUCCACUGUCCUGGAGACCAAAGGGCAGAGGCUCAUCUGACAGACCCUGACUCUGACCCUUUCUCCCCUCUGCUGGCUGGAGGGGCCACAUCUC